ACCCGUUGGCCCUGGGACGUCUUGUGGCCACAAGCGGGCGCCCCGGAGCACGGCCCAGCCCGCGCCCUCGGGCCACAUCCCUGCUUCCCCGCCCCGGGCCACAGUCGCCGCCUGCACUCGCCCGCCUCCUGUUUGCGAGAGCCCAUGCAGCUCCCCAGGUGCUUCACCAGCACAGCAGGAGGUAUGGCGGGCGUGGAGCAGCACGAGGGCACCAUCCAGGUGCAGGGCCAGAGCCUCUUCUUCCGAGAGGCUCACCCGGGCAGUGGGCAGGCCACCCGCUUCUCCGUGCUGCUGUUGCAUGGCAUACGCUUCUCCUCCGAGACCUGGCAGAACCUGGGCACGCUGCACAGGCUGGCCCAGGCUGGCUACCGGGCUGUGGCCAUUGACCUGCCAGGUCUGGGGCACUCCAAGGAAGCAACAGCCCCUGCCCCUAUUGGGGAGCUGGUCCCCAGCAGCUUUCUGGCAGCUGUGGUGGAUGCCUUGGAUAUGGGCCCCCCAGUCGUGAUCAGCCCAUCGUUGAGUGGCAUGUACUCCCUGCCCUUCCUCAUGGCCCCAGGCUCCCAGAUCCAGGGCUAUGUGCCAGUGGCCCCCAUCUGCACUGACAAAAUCAAUGCUGCCGACUAUGCCAGAGUGAAGACCUCGGUUCUUAUCGUAUAUGGAGACCAGGACCCCAUGGGUCAGACCAGCUUUGAGCACCUGAAGCAGCUGCCCAACCACCGGCUGUUGGUCAUGGAGGGGGCGGGGCACCCCUGUUACCUUGACAAACCCGAGGAGUGGCAUACAGGGCUGCUGGAUUUCCUGCAGGAGCUAGCAUGAGGCACAGCCCUGCUGAUGGGGGUGGGCCACUUGCCUGCCUUGGGCUCUCUCUCACUCAUUCUCUCUCCUUCCCUCCGUGGGCUCCUGCUCAUCCUGCACAUCCAACAGGUGUGUCUUUCUAUCUGAGUUCUUUUAGGGUCUGUCUUUUCCUCUUCUUUCUCUUGCAGUGACAGACUGAGGAGGUGAAAUCAAGAGAAAAAAAUUCAGGAGUCAAGGGACAUAAUCUGGUGGAGGGUAAUCCAUUAGAUGAGCUUCUCCUAUAGGCUUUCCUGCUCGGCUUGCAUUCCUUCCUCUGCUCUGCCCAGCCUCCCCCCACCUCCCACCUCCUUUGGCUGCCCUGCUGGGUACACACACUCCCUACCUUCACCUCUUAGGCCACAAAUACAUACAUGCCCACAUGCAUGCAUACACAUUACAGUCAUCUAUGUUCCCAAAUAUGAUCCUUCACUUGGGGGCAACCACACAGGUACAUGCAACUCUGGGCUGAUAUGCACACUCUCACAGCAGCUUUGCAUUGCAUGCACAGGCACACAGGCAUACUCUGUCCCCACACAAGCACUCGCACAGGCACAUGCUGCCCUCCCCAACCAUUCAGCACCCCAUGGCUGGGAAGGUGGGGACACCAUGAGGCCAGCCCUUGCAGGAGACCCUCUACCAGGCUUAGGGUGUGGCCAGCUCUGAACUUCACUCACCCACAGGUUGCAGCUGGCCCCCAGAUCAGAAAUGCCCACAAAAGGAAAGGGCCACCACUUCGACCCUCAGAUCUCCCAGCUUUUCCACUUUCUUCUGGGUGCUCCACAGCUCCCCAGGUUAUUAGGCCUGGGUCUUCUCAGCCAAGCUAGUUUCCUGCGCUGAGCUUUGGGGGGUGGGGAGACAGAGAUUGGAGGUCUGUGAAAUAAAGUGAUGCAAUUAGA